UCAAAAGCAUUGCGACAACCUCAUAACUUCAAUCCCAACAUCCCCAAGAAAAUCAUCAACUUGACGCCAGUAAACAUCAAAAUCUUCUACGUUACCAAGGCGACAAUCUUACUUUUGAUAAUCUAAUAGAUAACUAUUCUUUGACUGCAGUUUCCCCCAAAGUUUUCCAUCGAGCAGGCAAAUCAAAUCUUGCCUAAACCAGGAUUGCAAACUUGUCGCUUCGCCUUUGCCUAUCAAGUUAUCUCCAAACUCCAUUAAUUUUUAUAUCUGCUACUUUCUAUCAGUUUGUAUCUCCUCCUAGCAUACGACAUUGUCAAAUAUCGGAUCCAAUCAACUUUGAUAGUUUGUGUGCAUUCCGCACUCAUAACAAAGACAUUUAUGACUUCAGAACCACCUGAAUUCCAUACAAAAAUCCAAUCACCGCUCUCUCCACUUCCGGUUCACUUUCCCAACCCAUCUGAAAUUCCUGUUCUUCGAAAUCAGAUUGAUCCGACUUUCAACAUGACGGCGACCCAUGAGCCAUCAAAGGCUCCUCUGGUGGUUCCUGAAAUUAUCGAAUCCUCGAUGGUUUCUGUGGAUAUAGAAUCUCCACUCUCCGAUACGCGCUUUUCAGAUGCAUAUGAUGAGAAGGAUGAGGAUACAACAGUAGCAAAGGCUGAGGAAGAAGACGAAGGCGAUGAUUAUGCCAUGACAUUUGACUCUGAUGGGGAAGAACAUUCAGAUAGUCGCGAUCAAUCACAGGCAGUUGACCAAGAGUCGAGCAGUCUUCCUAACACAGUGCCAGCGAGCGAAUUGUCUAAUCCUCUUCCCAACAACCGACCUGCCACAUCUGAUACCCAAAAUGGCCCAGAAACCCAGCCCGCCCAUACCAUCCCUUCUCUUACUGUGCCCUCGAUUCCUCAAUCUACAGCUGCCCAAAGCUCUGAUGAUUCUCAAAAUCCCAUUACCAAAGCGGAAACCACAAACUCUGACGAUCCAAACGGAGAAAUAGACAUUCAGCAGCUUCUGGACAAUAUUACUGCCAAUGCCGAGAUUAAUGCACAAGCUGCCCGCCCAAAUUCUUCCUCUUCUAGCAAUGCCCCUCCAAAAGGUAGCUCGAGUCUACCUACCCAUGCAAGCCUCCCCCCCCGCCCACAAAUUACCCAAAUUCCUAAACGUUCCAAUUAUACUUCUUUCGAUGAUCCCCAUAAGUACAAUGUUGGAGGUUCAGGUUUUGCACACCAACCCAACUCCUAUAACCAUUCUGGUGUAACACCAUUAGUUGCAGUCGGUGCCCCUGGUACCGCUACUGAUCCCCGAUAUGGACUUCCCCCACCCCCAUCUGUUUCUUUCAACCAUCCCCAUCAAGAUGCGAACAGCCCAAAACUCUACACACAAACCCGUCGCUUUCCAUCUGACCAAUCCCAUGAUGGACAUGACAAUGAUGACAGACCUUGGGGACCAACAGUGCAGAAAAAGUAUGAUGAAUUUCUUGAUAGAGAACGCACAUAUGUCACUGAAGGGCUUUGGGAAAGAUUCCCAAAAGGCUCACGAUUGUUUAUAGGUAAUCUUCCAUCGGAAAAACUUACUAAACGAGACUUGUUCCAUGUUUUUCACAAGUAUGGCGAACUUGCCCAAAUAUCGAUCAAACAGGCAUUUGGAUUUGUUCAAUUUCAUGAUGCUGCCUCUUGUUAUAAAGCUUUAGAAAUGGAGCAAGGCAAGGAAGUUAGGGGUCGUAAAAUGCACCUCGAAGUGUCCAAAGCACAGAAGAACACUCGAAAUGCCGGCCAGACCUGGAGAAGAUCCCAAUCCCCCGAGCAAACAAGAGGAAAUACAUCAGCUCGUAAUCGUAAUCCUCAGCCAGAAGCUCGUAGUUCAGGCUAUAAUCACAACGAUCGCAACCAGAAUGAUCGCCAUAGAUCGCAACCACAGCAUGGAAGUCAACGUCCACAUGAUGGAUAUCGACCUGGUAGGUCGCCAUCGCCAAGUCGAAGUUAUAGGGGUAGAGAAUCCAGAGACGAAUACAGAUCUACUCGUAACAAUGAUUCAUACGAUAGCAGAGAUAGGCGUCGUUCACGAUCUCCUUUCUCAGGUGCCCAGCGUGGCAGUUAUAGAGAUCGUAGCCCAAGCCCAAGAACCCGUGAAGCCAAUGAAGAUGGCACACUUCAAAUUCCUCGACGCGAACCGUCAAUGGUUCCCGAUGUUCAAAUCAUUCUUAUGGCGGAGUUGGACCGAGGAUUUGUCUCCUGGGUUGAGGGAGAACUUCGUGGACGAGGUGUUAAAACCGAAGUAAUGUUCCUUAGCCCUCGACUCUCCCUUCAAGCUGUUAUUCGUAGACAGAUUCUCGAAGGUGUUAUUGCAGUUUCUCAACUUGAUAUGAGGUCUCAAAAUGCUAGCAAAAUACCUUUGCAAGUAUUCGAUCGCUCAGGAGGAAUCAACGCUGCUGUUCGAUUCGAUGAGUAUCAGGAUUUGGAACCUAAGAUUGCUGCCGAGCUUGUCGUACGCGCGAAAGCCACAGCUCAGAGACCUCAGUACGCGCCAAACCCAGCUCCGGUUUACCAAACUCCGACAGCACAACCAAAUGCAAACAUUGCCAACAUUAUGGGACAGCUGGACAAUCCUACUUUGCAAAAGUUGCUCGGAACGUUGAACAAUAUGCCUCAGCAGCAGAAUGCACCUGCUGUAGCAGCAAACUCGGCCGUCGACCUUGUUAGCUUGUUGGGUGGGUUAGCACCACAACCACAACAAGUACCUCAGCAGAUUUACCAACAAUCAAUGCCACAAGCUGCUGCAGACCCUUACGCCGGCUAUAACAACAGCGCUGCAUAUGGCCAGCCAGCUGCACAACAAAAUGGACAAGAUGCACAGCAGGUACAGGCUAUUAUGGCUCAAUUGGCUAGAUACAGACAGUAAGCGGUGGAUUUGUGGCCUUUGUUCUUUUCCGAUCGGGAGGCCAUCGUUAAAUUUGCAUAUAGGAAUGGCGUUUCUGUAUAUUACGCGAUGGAUCAUGGUUAAAUGUGCAUUUCGGGAGUUUAGGGCAUGGCAUGGUAUGGGAGUCAUCAUGAUGUUAAGAGUUUGUUUUCUUCCGUGUAUGAUGUAAAUGAUGCAUGCCGUUUCAGGGAGAGCUAGCGAUGAGAGCAUGUUAGGGGGUAGAACAGAACAGAAGAAAUCACUGGUGCGUAGAUAUAAAUCACAGCUCUCAAUAAACAAAUAAUA